AUGACUCCCGUGAAACACAUUAGAUUGGGUCCCAAGCAAAUACUGCGACAGCGUUUCGAUGACGAAUUCCAUGCCCUUUACCAGGACACCUCGCGGUGGAGGAAAAUCAAAAGCAUUGUCAAAAAGCCCAUGGCACCGCCGCAGCCCUUUGAUGGUAUACAUGACUGUGAAUCGACCCGGUCUGUCGGUGAUGGCGAGAUCACCACACUCGCCUCACCGAGUCCCCCAGUAAGCGUCAAUAUGGCUGAUGAGACCGUUAAUACAGGCAGCGUGGCCGAUGAUACGGAUGGGCGUCUAACCAUAGCUUUCACUCAUAAUCAACCUUGCAGAGAGGAUGGAGAAGAUGAAGAUUUCUGCUGUAACUGGUAUCCAUCGAGUGACGAUGAGAAGGUUGAGAACCUGCCCUAG